AUGAAGGCCCAUGAUAUCCUGACCUUGGUCUUGGCGACUAUUGCUGUCUUAAGUGGCGGAGUGGGCGCCACGGUCGAAGCAGAGUUCACUCUUGAGCAUGUCUUCUUCCACGGGUUUGGCAAUUCGUCUCGCGCGGGUGACUUCCACGCCAUAUCAGCUUCGGACCACAGGUUACUUCAAGUGACGGCGGACAACAAAUACGAACCGCCCCAACCAUUGGCCGUUCAUACGAAAACACUUUACUUGAGUCGUCGCACACUGCAUUCGCACGAAUCACUAGAGAAACGGACGGUUGGCGGUGUCCAACAGUAUCUCGGGUCGACAGAGAAAGACGAAUGGGAAGAUCAUCCGGCCAAUGUCCCGGAUGUAUCCAACAAACCAACCGAGAUCAAUCUGGCAAAGAUGUGCAGUGACACUUACGCCUUUGCACCAUCCGAACCUGGCUGGCUAAACAGCUCACUGGGAUUCAAUCGCUCAGACAGCUUCGGCUGGGUAGGUGAUGGCCUCCGGGGCCAUGUUUUCUCUGACAAGCGAAACGAGACUGUCAUAGUUGCUUUCAAGGGCACUACGAUCGACCCACGGGACAAGUGGAGGAACAACGAUCGACUAAAUGACAACUUGCUGUUCAGCUGUUGUUGCGCAAGCCAACGACCCGACCCAUUCUGGUACGGCCCCGUCUGUGAUUGUGAUAGCGACACUUUCCAGUGCAACGCAACCUGCGUCACUCAAGAGCUUCUCCAGAAGGAUCGAUAUUAUCCAACCGCGAUUGCCGUCAUGCAAAAUGUUACCUCCUGGUACCCAAACGCUUCUUUCUGGGUCAUCGGCCAUUCUUUGGGUGGUGCGGUAGCUAGUCUCGUCGGCCUGACCUACAACAUGCCAUCAAUCACCUUUGAAGCGCCGCCUCAACGAUUGCCGGCUCAAAGACUAGGGAUUGCCAUCCCUCCUCACACUGCAGACUACCACAUCGGCAACACGGCAGACCCGGUGUUCAUGGGUGCCUGCAAUGGAUACUUCUCCACAUGCUCGAUUGCUGGUUAUGCAUUCGAAAGCCAGUGCCAUACUGGCAAACGAUGUGUGUACGAUACCGUCAGCGAUAAGGGAUGGCACAUGAACAUCAACAACCACAGACUGAAUGUUGUCAUACCUGACGUCCUCGAAUCGUAUAACAGCACCCCUAUCUGCGAAUCUGACGAUGAAUGUGUGGAUUGCUUCAACUGGAACUUCAACUCUUCACAGACUCAUCGUCCCUAG